AUGACAUCAAAUUAUCGUCCAAAUGAAUCCAAACGAGAAGAAUUUCGUCGAUAUCUUGAAAAGGGUGGUGUUGUCGAUGCGAUCACACGAGCUUUAGUUGCACUUUAUGAAGAAGCUGAAAAGCCUAAUAAUGCAACCGAAUUUGUACGUCGUUUUAUGGGAGCAAGUGGUCCUGAUUCAGCUGAAGUUGAAACAUUAAAAAAUGAACUUAUGAUUAUGCGUGAAAAAACUGAUGAAUUAGUACGAGAAAAUGAAAUAUUAAAAGAAAAAUUACAAAAAUAUGAGAAUGGACAAUAG